CGUCACGGUGGGCGCCUCGUGCAUGUGCGGUCUGCUUCUUAAGUUUAUAUGGCUCAUUAAAUGUCAUUAUUGAGGAGAAAUAUUUUAACCCGCGGUCUUAGUUCAGUAAUUUGGAUUCUGCAGAAAUCGUCUGCACACAUCUCUCUGAAGUCUAUGAAGUAACUUACAUCGAGUAAAAUGACUAGAAAAUCUGUUAAAAGAUGUAAAAACAAACCAUCAUCAGAAACACCCAGACGUCUGUAUAAACGGUCAAGAGGCUCUUCAGCUGAAGAGGACCCAGAAUCAGAAAACAUACCUCCUAAUUCAACCCCUUCACAAAAUAAAUCUGUAAGAGAGAUAAAUGCAGUAUUAGCAAGUCAAACCCCAUCACAUCUGAAUAUCACUGCAGCAGCAGAUCAGGGAAGUCCAGUCAGUGCUCCAACAAUAAGCAACACAAGUGUACAAGGAAACAUAAUCAUAAAACAUAACUCCUUUUUAGUAACAGUGGUGGUGCCUAAUUCUGAUAAUCAACUUUUAUCUGAGUGUCACUCAAAAAGUGUAAAAGAUGAAGUGGAUGAACAGAAUCAGAUUAUUCCUCACAAGACUAAAGAGAUCCUUCAGAAAUCGGAAAACUCCCAGAUUUUACAUUAUCGGUCAAGGUCAAGGUGCCUGACCUAUGGAGAUAGUGUGGUGGACCAACCUACAUUAACUCUUGCAGAGGUGAAAAAGAACACAAAUUACUUGAGAGAGAUUACUACAACUGGGAAGAUCUUAGAGACGCGACCACCAAUCAACAUUCAGCAGUGUGAAGAAGAGAUGAAUUGGUCUCACUACGCCUUGUAUGAUAAUACAGCAACAGUUCACCUGAGUUUGGCAGAUACUUUUAAAGUAAACCUCGGUCAGUGGUAUAGAUUUAAAAGUGUUUCUAUUUGUGACUUUGGUGAGGGAAAUGUGCUCUGUUCAACUGGGCUCACAAAACUUAAGUCGUUUACUCCUUUGAGAGACAAUAUAAAGUACCCUAAAGAGACGGUUAUAUCAGGCGGGGUCACUGAGGCAUUAGUGACCUUUGAAUAUUUUUGUUCGUGUGGAGCUUUAGUCACUCUGUCGGACACCAGAUCGUUUCACAUUAAAUGCGGCGAGUGCAAAAAGAGCUGCAGAUGUGCAAAUGUUCAAAACAAGGCCAAGGCUGAAGUCACCAUAAAACAGACCAGUGGAGCUGACCAGAGAGUUGUGUUAACUGAUGCACUACUGCACUCCAUUGUCAACUUUAAGAAAGAGGGAUUCGGUGACAAUCAUCAGCUGGAGUAUAAACUGCUAAGAGCUGAGAAAAUGACUGUGAUCUGUGUGGAUGGUGAACUUCAGCGUGUACAAAUUGAACCAGUGGAUAAAGCCAAAGACAGUUGCCGUGUGACUGGGUGGAAACGUAUAAAAAGUCUAUGUUUACUCUCAUAAAGCUUUGUCUUACCUCAAAUCCAUCAUGGACUAUCUAGCAGCUCUGUAGAUGAUGCAUGGGACACCACUCUCAUUGGGCUUAUCACAUAAAGGGUUGGUGGACUUCUAUGCUUCCAUCAUUGAAUUUAUAUUCAUCUGCUUUAUCACCAUUUGUUUUGCUGCUGCCAUUGCCAAGAACAAAGGUAGACUGCAAUGUGUCAAAGAUUUCAUAGCUGAGAAGGGGAGCACACAGGUCAGACUGCUAGAAAGCACCUUGUGACCUCAAUUUGUGUCAUUUCUGUCAUCUCACUUACUUUAAACAUCGUACACUAAUGACCAGUGAAUGUCCCUUUCUUUAGUGAUAUUUGAAUAUUUUUUGUAACAAUUUUUUUUAAUGUAUUGUAGAUGAUAGUCAUUGUUAAGCAUUAUGUUACAUUGCUGCCAUCUAGGGAUUGGGGCAGGUAUAACAAUAACAAAGAGCAAAUUAAAGGGAGAGUCAAUUUGGCAUACCUAAACAAAUUACUUACACGUUGUAAACCCAUGGUAUUGGCAGCAAAACGAUUCUCUUUCUGAUAUAAAAUGUUUCACAGCAUUCAUUGAAAUUUAUUGGUUAGAUGCAGAAGUCAAAAGCCUGUUUAUAGAAAUGAGUGUUAUACAAAUGUUUU